UGCCAGGCGGCUCUGAGCACAGCUGUGCCCCGAAGGGCUUCCCCUUCGCCCCACACGGCGGAGGGCCGCGGCUCCGCGCCCCACGCUCGCCUGUGUCUGUGCUGCGUGUGCGGGGGGCUCGGACAGUCACACGCCUUGAGAGCGGCCACACCGCCGCGGGAGGCUGCGGAGCCCUGCCCGCGGCAGCCGGCGCUAGCUGCGCGUUAGCCUUCCCCUCUUCGGCCGCACUUACGCAGCUUCGCCUGGCAAUAAAAUACUUCGGAAUGGCACCGAAUUAAAUGCGUCCACGUGCUCUUUGUGUAAAUCCCAACCCAAACGGGUCCGGCUUGGAUUUAGACACUUCCUGCCGCGUUUAUGAACAGGUUGACACGUUGCUGUCUCCUCUAAGAAUUGCAUUGUUCUGGCUCCCCCUAGCGCUUCCUGAGGACUCUGGCCAGUGAUCUCAUCACUGAAGAUGACAACCCUUAUAUUCAUAGACAAAGAGAAUGAAGGAGAUGUUGGUGCUGCUUCUAAGGAUCGGCUAAGGUUGUCCUCAGUAUCUUCAAAAGUCUUAUCUGAAAGAUCACAGACCCAGACUCCACUUGUUGGAAGAACAGUUAAUGCAGCUCCAGCCAGGUCUCAGUCUGUCAGGAAGGCUCUGGGAAAUGUAAACAGAACUUUGGGAACUACAAACAAGAAGGAAAUUCAAAAACAGAAAAAACAGGCUUUGCCUGCCAAGAAAAUUACUGAAAAGACAACUCAAGUGGAAAGCUGCAGUGUGGCCACUGAAGAAGCCUAUCCAGAAAUUGAAAACUUCUUUCCCUACAAUCCUCUUGACUUUGAGAGUUUUGACGUUCCUGAAGAACACAGACUAAGCCACAUGUCCCUGACUGGGGUUCCUCUGUUGAUACUUGACAAAAAUAUACCUGACAGAUGUAUAAACAUGGUCCCUUCACCUGUGAAGCUGUCUCCCAUUUCAUGGGAAUGUGAAUUGCUACAAUCAACUACCAACUUUCUCUCUACCUUGGAUGAAAUCAUUGACUUGCCACCUUUGUCCUGACUCUAAAAGUGAAUUUGGAAACUUUUUUUUAUUGAGCACUGAACAGCUUUGAAUCUUUUUGUAUCUCUUAAUAAUAAAGAACUAGACUAACUUGCAUAGCCUAA